GAGCGGCGAGGGGGGCGGGGGAGGGGCCGAGCCGGAGGCGGCUCACCUGGCGGGACAGGUGCUGGCUGCAGCAAACCAUGAGAUGAGCCAUGCCCCGCCCUGGACACCCCCGCCCAUCAUCUGGGCCCCCACGCUUGGGACCCUGGGAGCGUCCAUCAGAGCUAUGUCUGGAGACAUAUGAGGAGCCAUCCCGGCACCCACCAAGCCGCCGCACCCGUAAAGCAGACCCCAAGGACCCUGGCCACCAUGGGCCUGAGAGCCUUACCUUCAUCUCUGGCUCUGCUGAGCCAGCCACUGAGCCCCCAGCCUGCUGCCUGCUCUGGCGACCCUGGGUGUGGGACUGGUGCCGGGCUGCCUUCUGCUUCCGCCGCUGCCGGGAUUGCCUCCAGCGCUGCGGAGCUUGUGUUCGGGGCUGCAGCCCCUGUUUGUCUGCCGGGGACUCCACUGAGGGGGCUACAGAAGCCAGCUGGGCCAAAGAGCACAAUGGAGUGCCUCCCAGCCCCGAUCGGGCACCCCCUAGUCGGCGGGACGGCACGAGGCUCAAAUCAAACAUGGGCAGCAGUUUCAGCUACCCUGAUGUCAAGCUCAAAGGCAUCCCAGUGUACCCCUACCGCAGCACCACCUCCCCAGCCCCCGAUGUGGACUCCUGCUGCAAGGAGCCACUGGCAGAGGCCCCACCCAUGCGGCACAGCCUGCCUAGCACCCUUGCCAGCAGCCCCCGGGGCUCUGAGGAGUACUACUCCUUCCACGAGUCGGACCUGGACCUGCCCGAGAUAGGCAGCGGCUCCAUGUCGAGCCGAGAGAUCGACGUGCUCAUCUUUAAGAAGCUAACGGAGCUGUUCAGCGUGCAUCAGAUCGACGAGCUGGCCAAGUGCACGUCAGACACGGUGUUCCUAGAGAAGACCAGCAAGAUCUCCGACCUUAUCAGCAGCAUCACCCAGGAUUACCAUCUAGAUGAGCAGGAUGCCGAGGGGCGCCUGGUGCGUGGCAUCAUUCGCAUCAGUACCCGAAAGAGCCGCGCCCGUCCGCAGACCACAGAGGGGCGCUCCUCCCGGGCGGCCGCCCUUACUGCUGCUGCCCCGGACAGUGGCCAUGAGACCAUGGUGGGCUCAGGGCUAAGCCAGGAUGAACUGACAGUGCAGAUCUCCCAGGAGACGACUGCAGAUGCCAUCGCCCGGAAGCUGAGGCCUUAUGGAACGCCAGGAUACCCGGCCAGCCACGACUCAUCCUUCCAGGGCACUGACACAGACUCAUCGGGGGCACCUCUGCUCCAGGUGUACUGCUGACCCCCACUGGGCCCAGAGGCCCCUACCCUUCUGAGAGCACAGAAUGAAGAGGGGGACCAGGAUUCCCUUUGUGGGGGGCAGGACCAUGAACCCUGAAGCAGUGCCCACUCUGGCUCCUCCUGCCUUGGCUGACUGGUCCCUGGACCACGUGCAUUUCACUGGGCCACAGUGCCCGCAUCCCCAUGGACCUCCAAUUGCCUGACCCUUCCUGCCCUGGUCACCAGGCCAUAUGGGGCACGAAAAGCAAAGACUUAGGAGCUACCUUCUGGAUCGUAUCCUGACUCUACCCCCUGAGGCACUACCUGAACCCAUCAUACAAAACUCGUCUUCAGUGGGUUGGGUUGGGGGACAGGCAGUGGGCAGGGCCCACUCCACAUCAUGUUGCUGAGCAGUUGGGUUCCUGGCUGAUGUUCUACAUGUUAACAUGAUCGUGUUACAAGUACAAAGUUAAUGGGUCCCCCUGGUCGUCUCUGCCGUGACACUGUCCUUUCUGUCCCAUUUACCUGAGUGCUGUUCAGAGUUGGAGCCAGGAUGGA